AAAGGUAGUGCGUAGUAAUGAAGAAGAAGAAGUAACACGAAGAAGAACGCGGAGUCUCUGGUCGCUAAACAAGUUGGCGACACCGAUGGCGACUCCGACGCUAUGCUAGUGUUUUGCGCCAAUGGUAGCUCCGAUAGUUUUCAGCAUGGAAACUUUGGAAGAGAACCGCAAGCGCAAAAUGAAGUUUGGAGUGAUGGAGUUGGCGGUGUUAGUAGAAGAGGCCAACAAGCAUAUUGGUGAGUUGCAGCAAAGAAAUCUGAAUAUAAGCAGAAGAAACGCAAUAUGGGAGACAAUCUGUAAGAAAGUCAAUGCUGUAAGUAAAACAAGAAGAACGCUCGAUGAGGUUAAGAAGAGAUGGCAAGAUAUCCGAAGAAGAACAAAAGAAAAAAUGGCUCAGAACAAAUCGGCUGCCAAUAAAACAGUUGGGGGACCGGUGCAAGACAUACCUCUGUCUGCGAUUUUGGAGCAGUUGCAGUUGACCUUCUGUGAUGAGAACAUCAUUGGAAUCGAAGAGUUUGACAUCCUUGAACCAAAAACGGAACGCAAAGAGACGACGUUAGAAGUUCCAGAAUCAGCGCCGCACUCUAGUCAGCCAAAGUCACCAACUGGCAUCUCUGCAGAGCCACAGAAGGAUCCACCUUAUGAGGACAUAGACAAGGAGUUGCUACAGCAACAGAAAAAUCAAUCUGCAGCACUUCACAAUGGCUUACAGUCCAUUGUACAGGAGGUGAGAGCUGUGUCCUCUGUCAUGCGUGCAUCCAGAAGGGACACUCAGGCCGUUGUUGCACAGACCAGGCAACUAGCCAAUGCUGUAUCUGACCUGACGGCAGCCAUCAAUGUCCUGACAAGAGUGAUAGAAAAUGGGGUACGCGCAGUCGGGACUCAGAGGGCAUUCUGUUCCAGUAGCCUCUCAACUGAGUCGCCGGCAAAUGAAGAGGGACGGGAUGGCGAAGGAACAGGUGAAAGUACAUUACGCUCAGGUGAACCCCAACGUAACCUGCGGAAACGGAAAGCUUCAAUGGAUGAACCCAUAUCGACAAAAAGAAUGUAGAUUUGAACAAUCUCAGUGUGAACAUUUACUUCACAAUUGAGGCUGGUUUUCCAGUCUUCGUGACUUAAAAGGGGCGUUUGCAAUUUUCCCUAAAAUCACUAUGCCAUGUUUGUUAAAACUGUCGGUAUGACUUGCCAGUGGCACAAAGUACAUUUUGUUUUAUGAAACGUGAAAAGUGGGGAAG